GCAUGCAAUUUGUGCACAUAGGACAGGCUGACUAAUCGAACGCGUAGAAGGCGCUCUUCUUCUGUUUAGGCGCCAAAAUUAAGAGCUCCCUACGUACAAUCUCAAUCUUACAGUACCGACGACGAGAAGGCGGCAAGAUGCGAAAUCCACGGUCGACGCCUUCUUCUCAUUUCAUUCGAGACCUCGUAUCCUCCAUUCAAGCACCUCAGGGACUAAAAUUGCCAGCCUUGAAGAGCUUAUAUUAUCUGAUUGUUCAUUGGUCUGCAAGUGGUCCAAUAUGCGAUUCAAGAGCUGGAGUUGAUUUAACCUUUGGGGACAUUGAAACUGGCCGGCAGGGGAUCAGGGUGUCAUUGGAAGACAUAUGUGGUCUCUCAGACGCAUUAUUCAAAAAUCUCUCUGUUAUGUUUAAACAGUUUUUGUUUUCUUUACAAGAUGUCACUCCACGCCAGGCUCUAGUAGAAGCUAGCCUGUGUUCACAUAUCGAGGCUACUUCUGAACAACUGAAUCUUCUAUUAAGGUGUUGUUUAGUCAUUCUGAACUUGCUCUGUUUUGAUCAGCAUCGUCUUUUGGAAAAUGGUCAAGUUCUUCUUGCUCUACUUGAAGAAUUAUCUUCACUGACAUCAGUUAUAGGAAAUGAGAAAAUCUCUAUUGGGUUUGAGAAAGUUUCUUGUGCGUACUCAUACAAAGACCUUGACUCUGCCAGUUCUUUCACGGAGGAUCUUGUUGCUUCCUUGCAUUUUAUAGAGCCAAGUGAUCCCUGUCUUCCUUUCUUAUGUACAAUGCUUGAGGUGUUUGCAGAUGAGCUUUUGGUUCAUAGGCAAUUAAGAGAGUACUUUAAGCUAAUAGAUUGUCAUUCUUCUACCAGUAGAAAGCUAUUUGUCUGCGACUCCAGUCAUGGUGAUGUUGAAUCUGUUAUAGAAGUGAUCUGUACUCAUUUUUGUUUAGCAUUUUAUAAUGAACAAGCAUAUGAAGAUUUCCUCAGUAGAUUAUUUUGCUGGCAUGAAAACGCUUUCAGAGUUCCUCAAGUGGGUCUGUCUGCAGCUUUAGCUUUGCUUCUUAAUCCUAUCAUGCUUCUUGCGCCAAAAUUAGUCCAGGCACAUCUGGUUUCCAUGGUUUCUGAAGCCAUCACCUUUGGCAUGGGUUUGGAAAGUAUGCAACCAGAUGUUAGAUUAAUGAAUUGUUACUUAUCAGCAUUUGAAAGGUCAGUCAUCUUGUAUGUCAAACAUAUGUCUACUUUACAAAUAAUUGAUCACCUUCAAAAUGGUGAGAAUAAUUUCAGUACGCGCGACAGAAAUAGGCAGCCAUCUUUUGAGUCUUUCAUUCAGCCAGUCACAAGAAAAACAAUUAAUCAUCUAAUUAGCAAGCUAGAUGAUUCGUGGCAAUCCCAAUUACAUGACAUGCACUUGAGGACAAAGACUGAUCUUGCCACUUCUUCUAUUGCUUACAUGAAGGCAGGCAAACAUAUUCUUGAUGUAUCAUCCAGGGAUGAGAUUAUGUCAAUCUUAAGCUGCAUAAUCUUGAAAGCUUUUGCUGAUGAAGUUGACAACAGUUUGUUACGUGUUAGUGGGGAUACAAGUCCACAAGAUAUUUAUUUUCUUGCUGCUAUACUGAAGUUAAUGAGCUGUUCAUUGUUACAAGCUAUUCGGUGUCUGACGCAUAAUGGCAAUUUAGGUUGUUUAAAGACCUUGAAAGACUUCUCUUCAUGCAAGGAAUAUGAAUUUCUGGUGGGAGUUAUCAGUUGUUUUCAGCAAUUCAAUAUCCAUUUACCAAUUCAAAAGUUUUUAUGGGGCAUAAUGGAAACUCAUCUGACACAGCAUGAGGAAUCCAGGCUGAUGUUUUUGCACUUUUCAGGGUUGCUUUCAUUAAGUUUCAGUAGUGGCCUUGAUUUCUUAGUGAAGGGCUGCAUAUCAACAAUGAUGGCAUUGAUGAAUCUCUUUGUUUUUGAGGGUAAUUUAGAUGGAUUGAGGUUUGGUGGUAGCUCAGAACUGUCUUCCUCUGAAUUACCUCCUGACAGUGUCCAAGAGGCUAUGGUGAAUAAAAAAUCUAGCAUUACAGUUGCAUCCAGAUUUCUAAAAAUCCAGACCCUGUACUUGAGUGAACCUUCUCUAGUGAAUGAACAUGUUAAUGGUGUAGAUGGGCAAGCAAGAACUUCAACAAGUUCCAUGCAACACAUUGUUAGCAUGGAAGAGGAAACAGAGGAAACCUGUGAUGGGAGGAUCUUUCUGGAGUGUAUAUUGGGAAACAAAGGAAAACAAUCUCAGUUUGAUGAUUUGGCUGAUUUUAUUGAGUGCAAAAGGUCAAAGGAUUAUUCUGGUUGGCUAAAGGAUCGACAAAGAUAUCGAAAUUGGAGAGGUGAGAAAAUGGCAGUAUUAAGGUGGAAGAAGAAGAAAAGAACUUGGAAAUUUGUGAAAGGGAAGAAAUUUUGAAGGAAGAAAGUUAAAUUUUCUUUCUAGUUUGACACAAUAUAUGAUCUGGUUGUGAACAAAUGUAUACCUCUUUGAAAUCAAGUUCUGCUAGCAAAGUCAUUUGGAGUGAUGGCUACUGAGUACACAAGUCAAUGCCAACUGUUGUUUCUUUUGGGUAUUAUUCAACCCUUCCCCUUCUUGAGGUUAUUGGCUCAAACAUCAUCCAAACAACACCAGGACAGCUGCGGUGGGUAAUGUUGCGUAUGCCAUUGGGUUGUUUGAUUCAAUGUGGAUCCUCUAAUCUACCUUGGAGAAGCAGUGACUAUCAUGGAGAAGCAAGCACCAAGGAGAUGCCAUUGCUUCCCUUGAUGCUCGUAGCACAACAAUUGUCUCAAUUGUCUUGUCACAUAUUGGAAAUUAUUUGCAGCAUUGAAUGAGAAGAGUUGCUUUCUUUUUUGAAAAGAAUUAUUUACAAUAGUCUAGUUGUGAUGUAUCCAAAAAGGUGACAACUUAUUUACAAAAGCAUAAACAAAAUUUGCCUAUGUUAAAAUUGCUUUUGGAGAUGAUCAGGAAUGGGUUGCUAGAAUGCCCAACAGGGAUUACAAUCAAGGAUCUAUUUGUUUAAGCGUUAAUCUUAAAUAAAAAUCACUAAAGCAUAGAGUGUGGGGUUGUCUACAUUGAGUAUGGUUGGCUGAACAAACAACUAAGUUGCAGUUGUUGACUAUUGUGACCAGCUAACUUCCUAGUUUUGAAUAAGAUAAAUUAAUGAAUUGGGAAUGAAGGACCUCAAUU